GCGAUGCCGGUUUUGCCAACUGGGUGCAUGGCUGGUCCAGGCUCAAGAAGGAGUGGUGCUGCCGCCACGAACAUCGGGCGUGCCAGACCACGACACAGUUUCCGUACGAUUGCGAUGCCGGCUUCGAGAACUGGAAGCUUGGCUGGUCGAAGCUGAAGCAGAAGUGGUGCUGUGAGCAUGACGAGCGUGGCUGUGUUGAGACUACAACUGUCGGAGCAUUGCCCUUCGACUGCUUCCACGAUGUUCCAUCGGUUUGGCCCGCGGCAAAGAGUGAGUUCUGCUGCACCCACUUCGAUCGUGGCUGUGCAACAACCACACUGGCACCGUACGACUGCUACACAGGCUUCUUUAACUGGAAGACACUGUGGACGCAGGAGAAGCAGCAGUGGUGCUGUGUCCACACCCAGCGAGGGUGUGCUCCCACGUCGACCCCUGCGCCCUAUGAUUGUGACGCAGGUUACAUUCGCUGGGAAAAAGGCUGGUCGGAUGCAAAGAAGCACUGGUGUUGCCUGGAGUUCAAUCGGGCCUGCGAUCCCUUCGACUGUGAGGAGGAGGCGCAUCGUUGGGACGAGGUUUGGUCUCCUGCGAAGAAGGCGUGGUGCUGCGAGCACUCCACGAUUGGAUGCGUGACCACGACCACGGCCGAAUAUGACUGUGACGCAGGAUACUCGAAUUGGGAGGAAGGAUGGAGCGAUGGCAAGCGAAACUGGUGCUGUGCUCACUUCAAUCGCGCCUGCGGUCGCUACGACUGUUCGGCCGAUCUGAAGACCUGGAGGAGUUCAUGGCUGGAGGACAAGAAGCUCUGGUGCUGCAAACACAUGCAUGCAGGCUGCGAAGAGACGACAACCUCCGAGCCGUACGAUUGCGACGUGGCAUAUGGCCACUGGGAGCUCUCCUGGACGGCGCAGAAGAAGCACUUUUGCUGCAACCGGCAUGGCCGGGCUUGCGAUCCGUUCGACUGUGCCGAGGGGCUGGAUGAUUGGCAGUUCGUGUGGACGAAGGCCAAGCAAGCGUGGUGUUGCGACAAGAUACAUGUUGGUUGUGGCUCCACCACACUGCCGCCUGCGCACGACUGCCACAAAGGCGCCAUCGGCGAGUGGGCUGAAGAGAAGCAAGCCUGGUGCUGCUCUCGAAUGAACAUUGGCUGCCUUGACCAUGCCUUCGAUUGCGAUGCCGGGCUGGCCGACUGGCACCGGGGGUGGUCACAGGCGGAAGGAUCGGGAGCUAUUCGGGGCCAUAAAUUUGCGCAUGGACGGUAA